CAGCGGCAGCGGCGGGCGGGUACGGAGGGUGUGAAACAUGGCUCACAACGGAUAUAAAUAACGGGACCGGGACGAUAUUAUUAAAACCAAAGAGGAGGCCGAAAAAACGCGGCGUAAAGAGGAAGCGAACACUUGAAGAGAGAGUAAACUGGGUCACAGCUAGCUAAAGUCAGUGCCACACGUUUCAGUGUUGAUGUUGGUAUUUGGCCACGAAUACCUGCCGAAAAGAGUCCCGACGUCCUUUAUUGAGGCUCCUCUGUCCUGUGUGACCCCCUGACACAGAGAGGAUGGUGAUGGAGGAGGGGGGGCAGAGAGACAGAGGGAGGGGAACUCCAGGGACAGCAGUAGCAGCAGGGAGACAGAUCUUCGAGGAGCUUGCGGAGCAGAACCUUGAUGCCAUUUGUCUCUCUACAUAUCGAACAGCCUGCAAGCUCAGAUUCAUACAGAAGAGAUGCAACUUGCAUCUGAUCGACAUAUACAAUGUGAUUGAGGCGGUGCGGGACGCUGGUCUGAACGCGAUAGAGGUGAAUGCCGGCAUCUCUGUGACCAGACUGGAGAACUUGGUGUCCUCGCUGUUCAACCAGCUCAGCAAGCGCCUGCCCACCACGCACACCAUCAACCCACGAGAGAGCACCGCUCUGUUAAUGGAAUUCUUGCUGGCGGCCAUUGACAGUGGGCCAGACAGCCGUCUGACGGUGCUCUCUGUGAAGGCGAUGCUUUCCACGCUGUGUGGAGGGAAACUGAUAGAUAAACUCCGCUAUGUCUUUUCUCAGGUAUCUGACUCCAACGGCGUGUUGGUGCAGUCCAAGUUUGAUGGUUUUCUGAGGGAGGCUCUCAAGUUGCCCACUGUUUUACAUGAAGGACCGUCCUUUGGCUACACACACACCUUAGCACGCUCAUGCUUCCCACAACAGAAGAGGGUGAUGCUCAACAUGUUCCUGGACAUUGUAGCUGACCCUCCUCAGUGUCUUGUCUGGCUGCCUCUAAUGCACCGCCUGGCCAACGUGGAGCAUGUCUAUCAUCCCGUCUCGUGCUCCUACUGUCGCAGCAACGGAAUGACAGGCUUCCGCUAUCGCUGCCUCCGUUGCCGCGGUUACCAGCUCUGCCAGAACUGCUUCUGGCGCGGCAACGCCAGCGGCUCUCAUAGCAACCAGCAUCAGAUGAAGGAGCACUCGUCCUGGAAGUCGCCAGCGACAAAGCUCGGCCGAGCCCUGAGCAGGACUCUGGGCUGUGUAUCCUCCAGAGAGCCCCCUCAUCCAAUUUACCCAGAGGAACCUGAGAGGACCCUCAACCUCGCUAACAUAGUCCCUUCUCGGCCUAUUAGGAACACCAAUGAGGCCAUGUUGCUGUCCUCAUCAGCUCCAGAGUCCUCUAAGAGUUUGGCAGCCGCUCAGCGCAUGAACGAGGAACACGCUCUGAUCGCCGCGUAUGUGAAUCGCCUCCAGAGCAGCCCAUGUAGCGUGGCCAGUCCCAGCAGCCAAGAUGAGGAGCACAAACUGAUCGCCCGCUACACCUCCAGACUGGCAGAGACCGACGGCACAGGAGUGAUACCUAACCGGAGCAUCAACUUUGAUGUGAACAAACAGAAGAGGGAGCUCAUCGCACAGCUGGAGUGCAAGAACAGAGAGAUCUUGGCAGAGAUCAAACGUCUCCGUGCAGAGCAUGACGCGGCGUGCCAGGCCAGCCCUGAGAAGGGCAGCACCAACCCAACUCUGCUGGCCGAGCUUCGUCUGCUCAGACAAAGGAAAGAUGAGCUGGAGCAGAGGAUGUCGUCUCUGCAAGAGAGCAGGAGGGAGCUGAUGGUACAGCUGGAGGGACUGAUGAAGCUGCUCAAGGAUGAGGAACAGCGACAGGCAGCGCAGGCGGCUGGCUCAUCUCACGCCUCUCCUUCUCGACCGAGCCCGUCAACUGUCCGCUCUGUAGGCGCUGCAUCUCCCCAGGCUCACAUGUACCCUCCUCAAGACUCGCUCGCUGGCGUGGGUGGUGAUGUCCAAGAAGCAUUCACCCAAGGCCCAAGAAGGAACCUGAGGAAUGACCUUCUGGUAGCAGCCGACUCCAUCACCAACACUGUGUCCUCACUGGUCAAAGAGCUCCACUCUGAUGAUGUUCGGGAGGAAGAGGAGAGAUUGCUGAACGGAAAGGACAGAGCAGGUUAAAAUGAUCGCAGGACAAAGAAGAACAGCAGAGUGAUGUUUCAUCACGGCCAAAGAAGACUGACCCUGCUGGGAUUUAAAUAUAUCUUCUUAUAUUCAUCGUUAGCCAGUGGGGAACAGAGCUCCACUGCCAAUCAACCAAUCACGAUGCUGGACACCAAAUGACCGCUGGGUCCCUACUGAUGUAUAGCUGUGAUUCUGUGUGCGUCUUGUCACUGUGGUUUUCCUUUUGAUUUGAUCAUGCAUAGCUAAAUGAGGAAUCUGAAACCUACUGAUUUGUACUGUAGCGUGUGUAUGCGCGCGUGUGUGUGUGUGUGUGUGCUCUGCAUUUUCGAGGUGCGAGAGGGUCGAGUAAGUGAGAGGGACGCCGUAAAGAGACAGAAAGGUGCCGGUAGGGUGAAAGUGCAGGAAAGUUUCAGGAUGGAGAUACAGGAUGUAACCACAUCAGAGAGAAAAAGUGGAGGAAAAACAAAAGAGAGUUAAAGAGACGAGAAGUGAGUUGUGACGUUUUAAGUUUCGGCACUGUGUGCUUAGUAUUUAUUGCUUUGAUUAGAUUUUUGCCAUUUAUUCAUUCAGUUCGAGUGUUCCUGUGUACGUGAGUGUGGUCAGGCCCUGCUGAGACGUUAAGCUUUAAUGGGACGUUUCCUGCUGUUUCAAACCCAGCCAGGACCCCCCCGGCUGCAGUGAUGUAGUCUGGAAACUUGAAGUCCCGGUCCAGGUCCAGGUGUCUGAAACCUGGAUGAGAUUAGUGCCAUGGGUGCUGGUAUGAUAGCAGCUCAGGCUGUCCAGGCCUCUCUGUGUAUCUCGGUACUGCAGUGGGACUCCAGUCAAAGAGGAGAUAUCUGAUUACUCUGUGUGUGCGUGCGUGCGUGCGUGCACGCAUGCAUGUGUGCGUGCAUGUGUGUGUGUGUGAAUAACAUUUGCUUCAGCAAGGUCAGGGUAGCGACAGCGUAGCAAAGGGGGGGAGAGGAGAGUCCAAAUUACAAAAACAAGGUGUCACCAAAUGAUUAAAUAACUAUGGAGGAAAAAUUAUGUCACAGAAAAUUGUUUCCUCACUUGAUACUUUCAUCUAUUCAGGACUCAAAAAAAUCAGUCUUUAGUCUGAUCAAUUAUUAAUUACGUUUUACGAUAUAUUACAUUUAUUUAUCUGAUGGGUUGGUCCAAAACGACUUGCAAUAAGUGCAUUCAACCAUGAAGAUACAACACAAACAAACUGCUAUCUAAAUACUACAUUACCCAUGAUCCUCUGUGGCUGUUUCUUUGGAGAAAAAGUGAGCCAGAGGUGUAAAGCAGAGAUGCAGAGAAUUUUUAUUCUGCAACGCUGUUGCUGAAUUAAUCCAAAACGGAUUUUUAAAGCUUUGUGUUUGGAUGGUUCUUCCUGCAAUGCUCCAUGGGACUUAAAGUUUUUACUCUUUCCUGGAUUCAACCAGCAGAGUGUCUUGUUCACCUGAAAGGUGCCUCAACUGCCAGUUACCUAACAUGAUCUCUUAUUUUCUGACACCGCCUGCCCACAGUCACUCCUCUCGCUUUGCUGCUCCUUGAUGCCUGUCAAGCUUCCUGUUAAAUGCUCGGGAUUGUGGGAGUUGAAGUUCUCUGUGGAUGUGGUCCGGUCAGGUGGAUUUAUUUAUUUCAUGCAACAGAUGUGAGGUCACAGCAACACUUUUUUUUUUUUUUUUUUUUUUACCUUUUCAGGGCAUUCGUUUGUGCUCGCAGGAGGCUGUCCUCUAUGUUGUACAUUUUUGCAUCAGCUGGACAGUUUGUUUUGUCUCUCAGACUUCACCAGCCCUCCACAUUGUUUGACUGACUGCUAACGGCAGAGAUGAUCACAUUUUCAGUGCGCUGAAUGAUUGACUGCCUGCCUGUACGAGUGAUUUAAUAGAUGAAUGAGCUCACGUUUGAGUGCGUAUGUGUGAAAGAGAGAGCGAGAGAAACCAAGACUGACAGGACAGACGUGUCCUGACACGAGACUGUAAACGCCGUCGGCUCUGAACCUGCUCGAGCUGACUGCGAAACCCGUGAAAAGUGUUGAUCCCUGUUUCAUCUGCAAUAAAUAAUAUUUAACGUCAAA